UUUUUGUCACUAAACUCUGCUCCUGUAGAAAAAAACAAAUGAAUAAAUAAUGAUGCUGAAGCACUAACAGCAUUAAUAUUGUUCUUGCGAUUUUGCAUGUGAAAAAUGUCAUAGUGAAAGUUAAACUGUUAAAAUCUAGCAUGCCUAUAUAAAAUGAUACAUUCUAUAAACAUUACAAUUUAUUUCUACCUAAGAGAGCUACAGCGCGAAACAGAAAAUAUCUGGUGCGGACAGAAAAAUGGAAAAAGCAGAUUAACACCCAAACUCGCAAUGAUUCCUCUAGUUAUCCUGUGGUCUGGGCUUCUUCUGUACCUUCCUCCUCCAAUCAGCCCGGCAUGCUUUCUGGGUAAAGAAGCAGAGUGUCAAGAUGCGAAUUUUGUGCCAGGAUCUGACUUGGCUGGAGAGGGUUUCGACAUAACUAAGAUGCAGCGCCUGGGGACUUUUGUCAUCGACAUGAGUAAGUGGGAGCUCAAGAACAGCACGUGUAACCUGUGCAAAAACCCGUUCAUGCAGAACAAAAAGCAGAAGCUCCCAGUGUCUGUGAUUUACUGGAGGGCCACCCAAAAAUGUAAAAGGUCAUUAUCCAGCUCUGUUUAUGAGUCCAGCGAGUCCCUGGUCAGUUCCAGCACCUCCUCCGUAGAGAACAACUGGAAAGUUGGCCUGGGAAUAGGCAACAAGCUAAGUCAGAUGUCGCUGAUGUUGGCUGGAACAAACUCCAAGCUCGCUGAGUAUUCAAUGACAAAGACCAAAAAGGACAAGUUCAGCUUCAUCAAGCAGUCUACAUCCUGCGCAUACUACGGAUACAGCAUUAGCAGCCGCUCUCCUCUUCAUCGCGAGCUAAGCUAUGAAUUCACAAGGCUUCCAGAGACGUAUGACAAUCAAACAAAACAAAGCUACUUGUCACUUGUUGAAAAGUUUGGCACACAUUACAUUAUCCAGGUGAAACUCGGUGGAACAGUGCAAUCUGUGACCAGUGUCAAACAAUGCAUGGCUACUCUACAGGACCUCAGUACGGAUGAGGUCAAAACAUGUCUGGACGUCGAGGCAUCUGCAAGUGUAAUGGGGAGGUUCAGCAUAGACACUGCGUACCGUCACUGUAAACAGAGCGAAGACAAAAAACUGAGCAAGCACAGUUUUGCUAACAGUUUUGCUGACAGGUUAACUGAAAUCACUGGUGGUCACGCUCAAGACACAGCACUUCUCUUCUCAGCCAGUAAUGACCCUACUGCUUACAAUCAGUGGCUCUCCUCAGUGCCAGAAAAACCAGACAUGAUUUCCUUUUCACUGAAGCCCCUCCAUAUGCUGCUGCCAGUCAAGAACCCAAAACAUGAGCAGUUACGCCGAGCCAUUCGUGACUACAUACUGCAGAGGGCCCUUUGGAAGAACUGCUCUACACCUUGCAAGGCCGGUAUCGCAACUAACCCUAAAGAGCCUUGUGUGUGCAGCUGUCAUAACAACCCUGGAGUAAAAGCAAACUGCUGCCCUGCACAGCGCGGACUUGCUCAGAUUAGUGUAACUGUGAUGAAGGCGACGGGUCUGUGGGGAGAUUACUUCACACAGACCGAUGGGUAUGUCAAGGUCCUAAGAAAUCAGAAGCUCGUUCUAGGGGAAACACCAGUGAUUUGGAACCAAAACUCACCAACCUGGAACUGGAAGUUUGAUCUCGGCAAUUUCGUUCUCUCUCAGUUUGGGGAGCUGAGACUAGAAGUGUGGGAUAGGGACAACAAGUGGGACGAUGACCUCCUGGGGGCGUGCAACAUACAACUGAAAGCCGGCGUAAAAGAAGACUUCUGUCGACUUAACCAUGGUUUGCUGUACUACAAGAUGGCUGUAACUUGUGCUCCUAGUUUAGCUGGCUCCUCAUGCACAGAGUACUUGGGCUCUCCGAUGGCCUCCCAUCUAGAGAAGGUAUACGUGUCACGACAUGCCCGUCCCAUCCCGAAAGAUGUGCUAGUGAAAAUGGGGGUGCUUUUAGAUGAGCGCCGCUUGCUGUUCAGUCAAACCAGUGAUCCUAAAAGCAAAACGCAGACUUUGUGAAAGCUUAUCAUCAAAGCACAAUCAAAUAAGUAAAACGAAAAAAUUUUAAAGUUCUUAAAAUAAAAUUUAAAUCAUACAAAUCUGUGUUUUGCAUCUCUGCAUUAAAAGAACAGUUCUCCCCAAAACGAAAGUUCUGUCAUUAAUUACUUAAUAGACCUUCAUUCAUCUUCAGAACACAAAUCCGAGAGUUACUGCAAUGUGUUAAGGUCCUUGCACACUUGAGUCUGAAGUUUUCGUAUGCGUCGUAUUCGUCAUCCUUUCCAAUCAAAAUGCUUGCUACAGAUGCAAAAACGCAGAAAAUCGAACCUGAUAUAAAUUUUUGUAAACGUGAUUGUUUUUUUGUUUUUUCUUGCAGCUUUGUAAAAUUACGAAGGACUAUUUUAAUGAUGUCCUUACUAUGUUUCUGGGCCUUGAGCAUGUCAGUUGCGUUUUUGUCUAUGGAGGGUCAGAGAGCUCUUGGAUUUCACCAAAAAUAUCUUCAUUUGUGUUCUGAAGAUGAACAAAUGUCUUAUGGGUUUGGAAACGACAUGAGGGUGAGUAAUUAAUGACAGAGUUUUCAUUUUGGGGUGAACUAUCCCUUUAACAUUUUAUUAUUGGUGUCAAAUGAGCUUUUUAUUUUCUUUUUGCUAUUCAGAUCUUUGAUACGAUCUGUGGGUGUUUUCUGUAUUCUCUCAGUAUGCUUUGCACUUACUUGCAUGCAGAUUUUUGUGGUUAAUAAAACAAUUACGAAAAGCAGUUUGUG